UCUUAUCGCAUUCUUGACACAAAUUUUUCCCUCGUUGCGAAAACACAAGAAAACAUGGCAAACGUGAGCUUACUCGAGUUCCGGUUCAAGAUUUCGAAGAACAAGUUUCUGCGGAAGCCAUCUCGGCUAUUUUCUUCUCGAGACAGGAAAAACUCUGGCUUGUUACCCACAUUCAUGCCAAACAUAAAUGAGAUGAAGAAAGUGUUUGAUAAAUUUGAUUCCAACAAAGAUGGGAAAAUAUCCCAGUCGGAGUACGAGGUGAUUCUUACAGCUCUAGGACAGGAAAACAUGAUUGCAGAAGUUACAAAAAUCUUCCGGGCGGUUGAUCAGGAUAAAGAUGGUUAUAUUGACUUUAAAGAGUUAACGGAAAUACACAAGGGAGGAGGGGUUAGAACAAUGGACAUACAGAGUGCAUUUCGGGCAUUUGAUAUGAACAACGAUGGGAAGAUAAGUGCAGAAGAAAUCAUGGAAAUUUUAAGGAGACUUGGAGAGAGUUGCAGCCUGGAGGAUUGCAGGAAAAUGGUGAGAGCAGUAGACACUGAUGGCGAUGGUAUGGUUAAUAUGGAUGAGUUCAUGACCAUGAUGACUCGCACCACGAACGAUGGCUAGACAAGCUUUUCUAGUUUGUGAUUCUUUACCAGAAAAGAAAUUGCUGCCAUGAUUAAGAAUACUUCUGUUAUAUAUUCCCCGCUACAAAAAAAUAUUGUAAAGCAAUAGCAAUAAAUGAUGGGCAUUCUGUAAACUGAUGCAUAUUCUUUUGGCACUCAAAUCUUCAACUUCCUGUCC